CACACGACAAAGCUGUUAAAAAUAACAUUCCAGAAGAAGUUAUUUACGUUACUGAACUUGAUCUUGAUGAUGACACUGUUCGAAAAGUUCAUGAAGGUUUAUGUGAAUGUUUACCUUCUGUUGAUGCCGAUAUACCUACAGUUUUUGAUUAUUUACGCUCUAAAGGCACAGCAGAUCUUGCUC